GCCGUCACGUCCGCCUUCACUUCCGGCGCCGCUUCCGGGCGCGAUGGACCCCGAGUUCGACGAUGUGGUGGCGGUGGAGGAUCUGAUGGCGCUGGAGCGGCGCUACGCUGCGGAGCGCCAGCAGGGGGCGCUGUCGCGGCAGUGCCGGUUCGAGUACGGCUGGGGACUCGUCCGGAGCCGCUACCGGGAGGACAUCGCCCGCGGGGUGGCGCUGCUGGCCGAGCUGCUGCCCGAGACCCCCCCGGAGGAGCAGCGCGAUGUCCUGUUCUACCUGGCCCUGGGCAACUACCGGCUCAAGGAGUACGAGCGCUCGCUGGAGCACCUGGAGCGGCUCCUGGCAGCGGAGCCCCAGAACCCGCAGGUGCUGCGCCUGCGGAGCCGCGUCCGGAGCCGCCUGAGGCGCGACGGGCUGGUGGGCGCGGCCAUCGUGGGGGGCGUGGUCAUGGGCGUGGCCGGGCUGUUGGGCGUGGCCAUCUCUCGCGCCACCCGGCACUGACCCCGCCCCUCGCCCGGCCCCGCCCCUCCCCCCACGGCCGCACGCACGCGGGGACAACGCGGGGACAACGCCGGGACGUGGCGGUGACGUCAUGGGGGGGGG